AUGUCUCUGUUUGAUGCGUUAGAUGAGAGCAGUGCUCGAAACUCGACCAAGAAUCAACCUAUCGUGGUCGUUCAACAAAAUCAUCCAAAAUAUUAUGGAAGUAACAGCCUGGAAACUCCUAUAUUUAGUCUCGACAAGGUCCAAUUCCAGUUUCCAGGAAUGCUCUUGGAUUUGGUCGUAUCCAACAACAUUUUGGUCGUCGCUCUAGAGGGGAAUGUUCUCGCUAAAGAUGGAUCUAAACCGCAAAAGAUAUUGAGAAUUGAUUUGAAUCAGGCUCAUGCUGUUGAAGAGAUGGAGCUAGUCGUUCGCCAAAAAGGAGACAAGAUACGACGUCUCUUUUUCAAUCCAUUGGCUCGACACUUGUUGAUUUCGAUGGAAUCUGGAGACAAUUUCUAUCUAUUUGAGAAGUGGAAGAAGCCCAGAAUACUGAAUAGGAUACGAGGCGUCAUUAUUGAAUCUGUUGCAUGGGGAAGACCUCGUCAAGGACAGAGUGAGUUGCUAACAGGGGCCAUGCUUAUUGGAUCAAGACAGGGACACAUAUUUGAAUCUGAGUUACAUGCUACUGAAGAGUUCUUCAAGCGUGGUGAAGAGAGAUACUUUAAGCAGGUCUACACAUUACACGAAGACAACAUGCCAAUAACAGGACUAGUAUACGAAAAGUUUCCUGCCUCACCACGGAAAUAUGUUGUCGCCGUCACAACGCCAGAUCGAAUGUAUCAAUUUAUUGGUAAUGUGGCCGAUGGGAAUGGAGAGAAUGGGCUCUUUGGUGAACUGUUUAGGAAGUAUGAUGUGACUCCAAGUUAUCAGGAAAUAUCUGGUCAGCUUACGACGAGUGAAUUCCAUUGUUGGAGUCCGUUCGUGGAGAGUAAUGGAUAUCCGAGUUUACCAAAGACGUUCGCGUGGCUGACCGCACCCGGUAUCUAUUUUGGAAACUUUGUUUUUGGCAGUCAAAAUGUUGGUGACUCCAUUAUCGACAAUGCUCAACUAUUACCAUACCAACAUGGAGACAACGACGAAACUUUCAUCCCACCAACAUCAAUUGCCCUCACCGAGUUUCACUUUAUUGUACUGAUACAAAACAAGGUCCAAGCUGUUUGCAUUCUGAAUAAUGAGCUUGUCUAUGAAGAAUUGGUUACACUGGAGCCAAAUGAACGGGUUUUAAAAAUGGCAGUAGAUCCAGCCAAGAAUACAUGUUGGGUAUAUACGAAUCUGUCGUUAUUCGAACUGGUCAAGUCGGAUGAAGAUCGUAAUAUAUGGAAGAUUCAUCUAGAGAGGAAGGCAUUUGAUGCCGCCAUGUCAUUCGCCAAGAGCGAAGAGCAAAAGGACAAGAUUGCAACAGCUCAAGCCGACUACUAUUUCGCUCAACAACGAUACGCAUUAUCAGCCACCUAUUACGCCCAAUCGAAAUCAGUCCCUUUCGAAGAUGUUGUUCUUCGAUUCCUAGCCAAGAAUGAACGUGAUGCUCUAAAAGUUUUCCUACUAAGCAAACUACAACGAAUGCCACGGCAAGAUGUUACUCAAAUAACAUUGCUGUGCACAUGGCUAGUAGAAUUGAUGCUGAGCAAACUAAAUACGUUACGAGAUGCUGUUGAGGAAACAAACUACUCGGUUACAAGACAGCAGGAAUUGAAUAAGGUUGAUAGUACUCAAGAGCUGGAUGAUUUAGGUGCUAGUUUGAAGAGAGCUGAAGAGGAAGAGAAACUGGCUACUGAUGAGUUUAAACAGUUUCUUACCACUUACAAGGACCGUUUGGAUCGCAAGACAGUCUACAGUCUUUUGUCAAGUCAUGGACGUACUCACGAGACUUUGUUUUAUGCUGAAUUGAUUGGUGAUUCUGAACGUGUAGUCAGUCAUUGGGUUAAUGUUGAACAGUGGAAGGAGGCUCUCAAGGCUCUUGAAAGACAGUCAUCUGUGGAGCUAUAUUAUAAGUAUUCGCCCAUGUUAAUUCAGAAUACAGUGCUGGAUACAGUGAAUGCUUGGAUUAAGCAAUCGAAUUUAAAUCCAAGGCAUUUGAUUCCUGCUUUACUCAAGUAUGAAGCAGUGCCUCUUCGAAACAAUCAAGCAAUUCGAUACUUGCAACAUGUUAUUAACAAUCUGGAAAACAUUGAUCCGGUUGUGCACAAUUAUCUGCUAUCAUUGUAUGUGUUGGACGCUAAGAAUGAUGACGAGGCCGCAUUGUUGCAGUUUCUUCGCUCUCAAAGAGAGGAUCCUCAUUAUGACGUGCAAUACGCACUACGAGUAUGUAUGCAGCAUGGAUUGACUCAGGCUUGUAUAUAUAUUUAUGGAGCCAUGGGAUUGUAUGAGCAAGCUGUAGAUUGGUCAUUAGAAACAAAUGAUUUAGAAUUGGCAAGAAUUUAUGCAGACAAGCCUGAAGAUGAUGACACAUUACGGCGAAGAUUGUGGUUACGUAUUGCACGGCAUGUUGUUGAGAAACGACAGGAUAUUAAACAGUUGAGUUGUUGUUGUGGGAGUAGUCCUAGUGAAGCGGCCAUUGAAUUCCUUCGACUAUCACAACUACUCAAGAUCGAAGACAUACUACCCUUUCUACCUGACUUUGUCCUGAUUGACGAUUUCAAAGAGGAGAUAUGUGCAGCAUUAGAAGACUAUAAUACACAUAUCGAGUCACUUAAAUCUGAGAUGGAUGAAGCUACUAAGAGUGCUGAGAGUAUACGGCAGGAUAUAAGAGAGUUACGGAACAAAUGUGCUAUUGUACGAAUCUCUGAAAAAUGUCAAGUUUGUCACUUGUCAUUGAUCACUCGACAAUUUUAUAUCUUUCCUUGUGAACAUGGAUUUCAUGCAGAUUGUUUAAUCAAACUGGUCUUGUCGAAUUCUGGACCUAGACAGGCAAAACGCAUUCAAGAUUUACAAGUUGGCAUAACUCGAGAAAUGACUUCAAGACAGAGUGUGUUGGCAACGGCUAUAAUCGCUCCGACCAUGAAAAAAAAUGGUAGUGAGACUGCUUCUCAGCUUGCCGCAAGCGGUAUUUCAGCAUCAAAAAAGAUAUCAACUGAAAUCAAGAAUAACAUUGAGAGGAUGAAGGAGGAAUUGGAUGUUGUAGUGGCAUCCGAAUGUGCAUUAUGUGGAGAAGCUAUGAUUAAGAGUAUUGAGAAGCCGUUUAUUGGAGAUGAUGAGCUUCGUACAGUGGAAUCUUGGGCAGUGUAG